CGAGAAAGACAGUUUGAAAAUUGCGAAGAAAUUCCAGUCCAAACUCCAACACAAAAUCACAAAUCACGCAACUUCCCACCGCUCGGAUUCCCACGCGUUCCUCCAAAUCCAUAAACCCGUCUUCUCCAGGCGUUUUCCACAGGAUAGUUAACAAGAGGAAUUAACCUCCGGUUGUGUCUGUAUAUACAUUGAUAUGCUGUUUGCAGUUGAUUCCAUUCGUCGUGGAAGUUCCAGGAGAUCUGCGAUGGCGGAUCUGAGGUUUUUGGCGGUGCUGGUUCUGUGGGCCGCUUUUGCCGAGUCGAAUGACAAUUUCGUGUUCCAGGUAAAGCACAAGUACGGCCGGCGGGGGAGCUCCGUCUUGAGAGAGCUGAGGGCCCACGAUUCCGCGCGCCACCGCCGGAUGCUGGCUGCCUUUGACUUCGAAUUGGGCGGAAAUGGCCUACCCACCGAUGCUGCGCUAUACUACACUAAGCUUGCAAUUGGUACUCCUUCAAAGGAUUAUUAUGUUCAAGUUGAUACUGGCAGUGACAUUUUUUGGGUAAAUUGUGUUGACUGUAACACGUGUCCUAAAAAGAGUGACAUUGGGAUUGAUUUGGCGCUUUAUGACAUAAAAACCUCUUCCACAGCAAAGGAGGUUACUUGUGACCAUCAUUUUUGCACCAAGAUGUUCAAUGCUCCAUAUGCCGAUUGUAAGGUUGGAAUGCGUUGUGAAUAUCAGGUUUCUUAUGGGGACGGGAGCAAAACUGCAGGAUACUUUGUCCAAGAUAAUGUUCACUUUCAUCAGGUGUCAGGAAGCCUUCAAACAAAAUUGCUGAAUGGGACCAUAACAUUUGGGUAAGUUUGAGAGGCAAAGCCUUUAACCCGUAUUUUUUCAUUUCUAAUUUGUGACACUUGAAAAAAAAACUUGUUUGAGAAAAAUCCAAGUGACAUAUAUUGACAUUAUCGAUUUCAUUCCUCUGGAUAACAACCUAAUCUUCAAAUUAUAUAAGUCCAUUUACCAUGAAAGUGUAAUUGGUUGGCUGUCUUGCUGUUCUUUUAAUGAAGGAAAGAGGGAUUACUUUACAUUGUCGUACUCUUAGGGCAUGUUUUAUAGUAAAGGGUUGGGAGUGCGGCUCCCCUUUGAUUCGGAAGGAAGGAAAACGGGUGCGGGGUGGGUGAGGAAGAAGAAAAUUAAGCUCCACUUCCCUCAUAAUUUAAAAAACGAGUCCCUUUCCAUCCACUCCCAUCAAACCAGGCACAUCCCUUAGCAAAUCAUUCUCAAAUGAUAAUGCUACUUGUAUCAUCUCACAUGUUUUUUUCAUUAACUCAUAAUGAGGAUUGGCAAAUUCAUUGGCAGCCAAUGAAAAUAAAGGAAAUUGGCCCUCAAUACUCCAUACCAUUGUAUCUUUUCAAGAACACUAGUUUUUACAACGCAAAGAGCUGCUUUGAAGAAGAUGCAUACUUCCAAG